GCCAGGUCUCUCUGUUUCUGCUCCAUUUUCCCUGAGCUCACUCCAUUUAUCCAGGAUCAGUGAGUAGUGAUUCAUGUCCCAUGACAUGACCAGUUCUUGAAAGCUGACUCGACAGAGACUCUUCUAUGGUUUUCCAUCACCUCGGUUUUAUUAUAGAAGCCAUAGUUUCGUGACGACGUACUUUUCGCGACGACUUACGUUUUUAUUUUCUAGUGAGAUUGCUUGGUUCGCUAGUAACCGUGAUCAUCUGAAGUCGAGCCAUGGUAGUCGCCACGUUGUACUCGUGGCAGGCCGACCCGCUAUUCCUAGCGGCUGAGGAGGUCCAGGACUCCGCUGACAGGCUUCAGUCGAGCUUCCACCAAUGGCAGCUGCUCCUCCAGCGCCAGGAAUGCGGAGACGAACCAGCAACGCGUCAAACUUACCCGCAGGCCGACAACGACGACGACGGCGACUCCAUAUGGCCCGUGCGAUCGGGUGACGACGAGGACGUGGUCGUCGUGACCGUUGAUCAACAAGUGGACGAGGAAGGCGUGCGACUGGUCAUGCUAUGCGCGUGCGACACUCUCAAAUGGCAGCUCGAGGCCUUCGAGCGAGCAGCGCGAGACGACGAGUGGCGCGCCGCGGCGCUCGGCGAGGCGCCCUCCAGCGUCAACGACACCCGCGAACGGCGCCGCCAGUUUGUCUCCGCGAUUCGCGCGCAACUGCAGCAGGUGCAGGCCGUCAUCCGCCCCGCGAUCGGCGCCGCUUCUCCCGCCGCAGCUUCCGCCAUCGUCUCCGGGUCUUCGGACGGGAGCAGCGGCGAGUGGGGCGCAACCAGCAGCGCGAUUAGCGGCGUAGAUUCCGGAGGGAUAACAGUUGCCUUUCCGUCUGGUUUAGCCGCCGCCGCUUCUAACGCAUCGAGUCGAGCAGCAGCAGCAGCAGCAGCAGCAGUAGCAGUAGCAGCAGAAGCUGCUGCGGCUAGUGGAACGGAUAGAGACCCGACUUCUCUUUCCCCAUCCCGCCCUUCGCCUUUCCGUGUUGCUGGCGUAAGCAGCGACAAUGGCCACCCAUUGGACAGCCGCCUCGUGGCCUUUCUCACGCCGACACGUGUCGCUGUCUCUAGAAGCAGCAGCGGCGGCAGCACCAGCAGUUUCAUGACAAUUGCCUCUACCAGCAGCAGCAGUGUCAGCGGCGCUACUUGCAGCAGCAGUGUCAGCGGCGCUACCAGCAGCAGCAGUGUCAGCGGCGCUACUAGCAGCAGCAGUGACAGUGGCUCCACUAGCAGCAGGAGUGGGAAUACCAGCAACAGCAGCAGUAGCCGGGCCGACAAAAUCGCAGAAAGCGACCGAGUUUCGGCAGUAGCUUCGGCGCCCGCAGCCUUAGUCAAGUCCGCGUCUCCCCCAGUUACAGCAGCAACAACAGCAGCAACAGCAGCAGCAACAGCAGCAGCAGGACCAGCGAUCUCCCAAUCCGCGGUAUUGGAAGCUGUCGGAACGGCAGGUGCUGGAGCUGCGGCUGCAGCAGCAGCGGCUGCAGGCGCGGCAGCAGGUGCGGCAGUGGAAGCAGCGGCAGCCGCCUUUUCUUCCUCCGCCUCCGCCGUUUCUACUUUCGGCCGCUGGAUCGCCGGCAGCCCUACAAGGGCUCUGGACGGCAGCGGCGGCGCUGACGUGGCAGCCGACGAUUGGCUCCGGGUCCGGCCGCAGGCGAUUAGGGUUUCGCUCAGUGAGGACGAGGAAGAGGAGGUGAUAAACCCGCUUACUUCACUGCAAACGGGCUCAGAGGCUAGUAGACAACCGAGCGCCGCUGGCAAUAGCGCUUGUGACAGUGCUGGAAACGAAGGGACUGGCGUUCGGGCUCAGACAUAUGGUAGCGAUGUGGGUGGUUCGCAGUUGAGCCGGGAGCACUCGGAUUCGGAGCACGCGCCUUUGUUUGGGGGAGGGGCAGGCAGGACAGGCAGGGGGGCGUGGUGGGGGCAGCAGCAGCAGCGGCGGCGGCAGCAGCCGUCGUGGCAGUGCUUGGUGUACUGGCUGAGGCAGAUUCAGAGGCCCGGGGAGAGUGCUGGUGCAGCAGGAGGGGCAGGAGGGGCAGGAGCAGCAGGAGCAGCAGGGUAUGGGGAGAAGGACAGGGUGGGGUCGGGGAGACUGCUGCUUGAUGGACGCAUGGACAUGGGCGAAAUGGAGCUGGGCCUUUUGCAGCUGAACACAAGUCAGGUAGCUCAAAUGAAUGCCCACUGGCCAGCGCAGCGAUUAGCCGAGGAGGACGAGGAGGAGGAAGAUCAACGGCGGGGAAACACCCACGAUGACGAUGCAGGCGAGAAUCAACGGCUGGUGUUUGGCUGGCAGCUGUCAUUGCACAGGAAGAAGCAACGGCCGAGAUCAAAGGACGGAGGUGGAAAGGGCGGGGAGUGUGAGGGGGAGGGGAGUGAGGGGGGAGCGGUGGUGCUGAUGGGCAUGAGUGCCAGGCAGCUCGUAGCAGCACUUAUCGCCAUAGUGGGUGUCGUUCUCCUGAUACUCCUGCUGCUGUGGUCGUGGUCUGGAGUGACUGCGGCAGAGCAGCAAGGGGUUAAUGUCUCUUCUCUGCCUCCUCCUAACGACUAAGUGAGGGAAUGAUGCUGCUGCUGAUACUGCUGCUGAUACUGCUGCUGCUGUGGGCGUGGUCUGGAGUGUUUGGAUCAGAGCGGCAAGGGGGCGUUGGCUCCUCCCUGCCCCCUCCCAAUGACUAGAAAGGAGGAAGAGGUGGAGAUGAUGGGAAUGAGUGGCAGGGGAAGGAGAGGAAAUAGAGAGAGCAGGGACAGAAGGGGCAUGCAGGGGGAGGAGGGGAUGUUAAGGAGAUGUAUGCUGCAGCGCAGCUGCGUAUGCAACUAUACAGCAGCAUCUUCAUGUAUGCUGUUGCGGCUGCUCAGUACACCUGCUGCUGCUCAGUACACCUGCUGCUGAGUGAAACUGUAAGCAGGAAGGCAGUUAAAAAGUGGGUGCAAGUUCAAGCCUGCACGCGUCUGAGUUUCGAGGCGUCUCAAAAUAAGCUUGCAUGAGCAUGCAGGUUGUGGAAACAACAGCUUGCACGUACAGGCAGGUUGCAGCAACAGCUUGGGCAUACAGGCAGGAUGCAACAACCCACAAGAGUGCAGACAAUGGCAGACGUGGUGACGGGGACUUGAUUUGUGAAUGGGAGAAGUUGGACUGGAGUGAACUAGUUAGUUCAGAGAAGGUACGCUAUUGUGUCUUGUAACUAGCGGAGUACGCUUAUGAUUUGUUUUUAUGCGUUCAUGUUACGCUUGAUUUUUCAUCUUAAUCAG